AUACGAAAAAUGUCUUCUGAUCCUAUUACAACAGACAGCAGUGAUGAAUCAGAAAUUGAGAAAUUAAAACAACAAUCACAAAUGGCUAUUGAUGAACAUGAAAGCAUUGAGACUGAAAAUGAAAUUGAUAAAGAAAUCAAAGAUGAGCAGUACAGUGAUUUUAAAACAAAGAUUGAAAUAUUAGUUCAACUUGGAGAAAAUGAUUUAAGGUCCUGCUUAUUGUCUGACUGCUAUACUACUGAUCGUCCUGGUAUGCAUUUAGAAAUUUUGCCAAAAAUCAUUUUUGAGGCUGUAGAUGAUGAAACAUCACCAGAAGAAGUUGAAGUACAGAAGCCGAUUUUUCGACAAACUGUAGAUCAGGGAACACAAGCUUCUAUUGAAUUCAAAAGCGGUAAGGCACAAACUUUGCGUAGGAGAUUAGUUAAUUCUUGGUCACAGUAUGAACCACGUCUAUUUACUGAAGAAGAAAUUCAAAAUCAUCUAAAUCAGUCAUCAUUUCAGACUUUCAGAGAAAAGACUGAAAAAAGUAUAUUGGGAUCUUUAGUACAAAACAGUAUUGCUGACAGCUUUUUCUGGGAUCUUACUUCUUUAUAUGACGAAGGAACUUCUUUACAGGAUGAAGAACAGAGCUUAGUUAUCAGUGGCUCAUUUUCUUGUACAGAGAGCAAAGAACAUGAUAGAAUGAUCAGCUCUGUCAAUUGGCAUCCUUCUCACAAAGAUAUUUUUGUCACUUCAACUAUAUGUUGUUCAACUCUUGAAAAAAGAAUAGAACAUUUAUUGAGUUUGCAAUGUGAUACUGUCUUAUUUUUCAUGUGGAAUGCAAAAAAUCAAUUCUUUCCAAAGGCUGUUCUGGAGCAUUUUGAUGAUUUAUCCAUUGUAAAGUUUAAUCCAUCAAAACCAAACCUUUUGGUUGCUGGUAGUUUAAGUGGGCAACUGAUUUUAUGGGAUGUUAAACAAGAAAUUUAUGAUAAAAACUAUAAUAUUAGUAACUUCAGUUCAACAAAUGGAUUUGUAACUCCUCCAAUUAUUCGAUGCUGUGCAACAAGUAGUAUGGAUCAUGUGCACAAAUAUGGUAUUAGUGAUUUGCUCUGGGUUCCUCCAGAUAUCGAAAUCUCAGCUAAGGGAGAAAUCAUUAAGAAUGCUGCCAGUGGAUACCAAAUUAUUACAUGUGGUUUAGAUGGCUUCUUGCAUUUUUGGGAUUUGAGAAUGGGAUUUCAAAGUAAACCUGGAAAUCCAUUUCCUAAGAAAUUCAAUCAUUUAAAUGGAACAUGGGAGCCAUUUCAUUCAGUUGAGGUAUUUUCACAAGAAUCUAGAAAACGAAAAUCAUUGACAUGUUUUAUGUUGAGAAAUUAUUGUAUUCCUCCAACUGAAGAUAAUGGAGACAUAACUGAAGAUGAAUUUUUAAAAUCUGAAUUUUAUGCUGGUUGUGAUGAUGGUCAGAUAUUAUGUGGAAAUUUUAAACUUAAACGAGAUGAAUCUGGAAAAUUUAUAACUGAACAGCCAAAAUAUUUCAGCUCAACACUCACAGGAGCAGUGACUGUAUUAACUUGCUCCCCAUUUGUAAGUGAUAUUUUCCUCAGUGCAGGAGGUAAAACCAUAGAAAUUUGGAAAAAUAAUAUUAAGAGUGGACCUUUAUAUCUAAGAGAGAGAAAUGCAUAUAUCACUUCUGGGCAGUGGUCUCCAACAAGACCUGCAUUGUUUUUGUUAGGAUUUCAAGAUGGAUCCAUUGAAGUGUGGGAUCUUUUAAGCAAUUUGUAUCAACCUUCAGUAAUACGCUUUAUGUCAACUUCUGCUAUAACAUCUGUCUGCAUUCAAUCUCUCACAGGAAAUGAGCAUAUAGUAGUAGCAGGAGAUUCUAAAGGGGUAGUUUACUCAAUGAAUUUAUUACCUCGUUUCUGGAUUCUUAAAGAAAAUGAGUUAUUAAAAGUUCAACAGAUGAUAGAAAAGGAAGCCAAUAGAAUACUCAAAGGAAUUCAACCACUUUUCGAGGAAUCAAAGAUUUCUGAGAAAAUUCCAGAACAUCUAAAAGAAACAUCUAAAAUACCUGACGACUCUAUGAAACAUGAAGUGACUGACGAAAUUAUUUUAGCUAACAGUUAUGAAGAAUUCUUAACAUUACAAGAACAAGAAUUAAAGAAUGUGACAUUAAAUUUACAAGAAGAUGAAGCUCUGCUAAGUAAUGAAGAAAAUGAAUAAUAUCUUAAUGCAAUAUUUUAUAAAUUAUUAUGUAUAUGAAUUCAACAUAUUGAGCUGUUUUUGUCCAAAGAACAUUUUGAUAUAUUAAUAAAUGAAUAUUACUUAUAAAUUCAUGACAAAAUAUGAGUACAUUAAUAGAUUAUUCUAAUUUUAAAAAGAAAUUAGAGAUAAAGUCUUAUUAUUGUUGUUGGGGCCUUUGCAAUUUUCUUCAUUAUUUUUAUACUUUUGUUUUACAAUG